AUGUCGCUCGCUCCGCUCUCCGUGCCUGAGCACAAACCCGCGCAGCUCAGUAUUAAUCUGGGUUCCAAUAACCCAUUUCGCAAUCGUGCCGUGUCUCCUUCUAGCACCUCUCCUGUUCCCGCUGGCACACGAUCAGAACGACCUCGCUCUACAAACCCUUUCUUGGACAAUACUGAAAUGAUGUCGCCUCAAUCUACUUCUACGGGGGCUAUUCUAUCGCCUAGGAGUGAGAAGCAUUCGUAUAUGGGCAACACUGCCGAACUUUUUGAGAACCUUGCACUUGACUCUGCUUCAAAGGAACGUCGACCUGCACCCCCUCCUCCAGAUAAGUCAUCUUCGUCCAGGCCUCCUGCACCGCGGCCAUCGGCUUCCCGACCGCGACCAGAGAUUCGAGAUCGUGAGAGACCCAGAGAUCCUUCCAAGGACAAGAGGCGAGAUGAGGACCCGUUUGACAUCUUUGCCGACCCCCCAAAGAAGAAAGAAUCUUCUCGUCCCCCACGGCCACGAGAGGGACGUCCUCGCCCUCGUCGCAACUCUGAAUCCUCAAUUAUGGAGAGACCAAAGGGUUUAGAUCCAGAAGAUGAAAGACGUCGACGCGAAAGACGACACCGUGAGCGCGAACGUGAGCGCGAUGGGAAAUCUCGCUCUAAGCGCCCGCCCGGCUAUAAACUGGACGUAAUCGACAAGCUGGACGUGACCUCUAUUUUCGGCACAGGAUUGUUCCACCAUGAUGGUCCUUUUGACGCAUGCAAUCCUCAUCGCAACCGAAAGGGGUCACGACAAGCUCCAAUGCAAGCAUUUCCCAAGGACUCCAAGAACAUGGCUCUCGGCGGCGCUGGUCCGAAUAACUCCCGUCUCAAUCUAGAGCUAAUCCAUGGUCACACCGCUGAAGGAUAUUUGGAUUAUGCUACGAUUGGCUCCAAGAAAGAUGAGACAUUUGAUUCGGCUCGUGCUGAGGUUAUUCAUGGUGCUGAGAGCAUGGGCCUCGGUACAAGUACCUUCUUAGAGGGUACGCCUGCUAGCCGUGCCGCGAUUCAACGACGCCAAAGCGAGAGUGAUCAACAACCACCGACCGGUGGACUUCAGCGCACCAAGAGCUUGGCACAGAAAUUCAAGGGUAUUAACCGAAAUGGGACCAUGAGGGUUACAUCUCCAGAUUCCACUCAAAGAAGCCCAGUUAGUGCGGGGGCCACCAGUUCCGACCGGGCCCAAGAGAGGAAUCCAUUCUUUCAAGAUUAUGAUGAUGCUUAUGAUGCAAAGGGAAGCAGGAUCGAAGAAUCACGUGUUUCGGGACGGAAUCGAGCAUCUAGCAGCCCCAGACGAGCGGCUGGUUUGGAGAGGAAAACCACGAACGGAUCGAUGGGUGCAGAGGAGAAUAAACAGAAUGGAGGCGGCUUCAUGAACCGCAUGAAGAGUUUGAGACGACCGCGACCGGAACGAAGAGUACCUUCUGAAUAGAGAUCGUUCCGUUGUUUUAUAUUAUUCUCUUGGGGAUUUUGGUGGAAAAGCAUGCAUUGACCACGACCCGAGUUGCUUAUUCUCAGCUAUUUUCAUUCAAAUUGGAAGCAUUUCAUGGAGAUACUUUGACUGGUUCGUGGUCACUAUUCAGAUUUAUUGCAAUGUCUUUUAAUCAUCUUCUCUUAUUAUGCAGGCGCACAGUCAGGGUAUGUUAUCUGCGCGAUUAUAUUCUCCUCAUAUUAGAUGUCUUAGCGAGCCAUUAUUUGUUCCAUAUUGGUAUAGUUUAGGUAGUUCAGUUAAUGGAGUGGGCAUGCUUGUUAGC